GUUCUAUGUUAAUAAUAUUUUACGCGAUGUACAUAAAUACCCGUUACGGUCAUCGUCCGGUCUUCACUUAUUGCCAGCGAACCGAUCUGGACCCGUCCGAACUUCGCGGACUUUCCGACCGUCACUUGCGCUGCAGACUAUCCCGCGGUGUCAUAAUAUCAUCACAAUGCGACCGGACGCCGCCGUUUACUUGAUCGCGGUAACCGUGGUAUGCGUUGCCGCCCACCGGGAUUACGACAACGACGACUACGACGACAACCGGCCUAAUGAAGUCGACAGGGCGUACAACGAUGGCGACGAGAAGUCGACUACGAAACCAUCGGCGGAGGUUAAAUGGGACGACGGUUAGUAUAACAGCUUAACAGCUAAGCAGUAUUGAGGGUAAUCGGUAUAAUAACUUAUAGUCAAUAAGAUUACUGGGCAUAUGAUGUCCGUAAAACCCUAUAAAAAAAAAAACCUGAUGCUUUCAUCAAAAUAUCACGCUCAUAUAAAAUUCACCAGAAAAAAAAAAACAAAAAAAAAAAAUGCCUUUUAAAAUCAAAAAUUCCGAUUUAAAAUUUCUUAUUCUCAUUCGAAUAUGCACGAAACGGAUUUGUAACAAAACGAGCCACUCGUUAUCUGUGUUUCGACACACAGAUUACUGUCCGAUAAUAGAAUAUUAUAUUAUACGAGUAGUCGAGUACUUCACAGUUUUUAUAUACAAAUCUUAUUUGAGCGUUUUAAAAUACAACUUCAAAUUAGACAUUUUAUAUCCGAAAAUCCCAAAAAUGCCCCAGGAAACUCUAAAAUUCGUUUAAAAAUAAUAAUAAAAAUAACUUUGAAAAAAAAAAUACCUAAAAAUGCAAAUACAAUUUCUUAUGUCUAUUAAAAGAUGCACUUUGGUAAAAAAAAAAAAAAACAACUAGAUUUCACAUAAUUAACUUCGACGGGACUUACAUACCCGCUCAUUUACUGGGUCUCGGUUCAACUGAGCAUAGCGAAAUUAUUCGCAACUUAGAAUUAAUAAAAUUGCAACGUUUCCGUAGAAAUUAGAGUUUAAACGCAUCACAUGAUGAAUUUGUUUUAGGAAAAUAUUUUCAUGGCGCCUCAUAGGUUACUUUAUUUUUAAAUAUUGCCGAACAGCCGUGUUAGUUUUUGUUUUUGCUCUUUUUUUUUUCUUAACUGCUGCAGAUUUUUAGUUAUUUAAAAAAAAAAAAAAACGAUCGCAACGCGGUACCCUCAAAAACGAACCUCCUCUAUUAUUUUGUUCAAGAAAUUGGUGUAUGUCGGUGUAUAUAUUAUAGACGAAACUGUAGAAAUUGUGUCAGAUGGAUUUCAAUUUUGAAAACGGAUUGUAAUUUUUUUGUUUCUUUAUUUAUAGGAUACUAUAUUGGAAAUAGAAAUAAAAUUAUUUUAUAGCAAAUCAUAAAUACUUUUUACCUUUAAUUUAUUAUAAAGAAAAUAAAAAAUCCUAAAGAAUCAUAAUACGUUUUCAACAUUUAAAUCCGUCAAACACAAUUCUUACAGUUUUGGCUGGCUUUUCCGUCUAUAGAACGUCAAUUUGUACUUAAAAACCUUCGUCCUCUUCUCUGAAACGGAUAUUGGAGAGUAAAUUGACAGUAAAGUCUCUUCGUUAAUACGGUUAUAUUAAAUUUUAAAAAAAAGUGGUCAAAUUUUACAAAAUCGGAAACAAAUUUGAAACCCUUCGACCCUUUAAGAGAACUCCGCACCCGCAUUUAACGUGAUCGUUUCACAAACGUAAAUUUCCGUUCAGUAGGACAAACUGUUGUGCCAUAAAUUUUAAUACUAAAGCAAAUUAGCCAAUUACCAAGUAAGUAGAUUACUUGUACCCUAGCGUUGAUGUUUUUUUUUUUUGAUAUUUUAAUUUUGAAUACAAGUAUGUGGAAUACCACACAUUUAGAAUGAUUGUAUAAUCGUUCUACCUCAUUUAUAAAUUAAAAUAUAGAAAAAACAUUAACGCUAGGGCACAGAUAAGUUUUCUUACAGUUAAUUUUUCUAAAACGGUCAAUUCGCUGUGACAUUAAAACUAACUAUACACAAUUUGUCCUACUGAACACAAAUUUGUUAUGUUCCGCGUUUGAUAGACGGAGACAGUAUUGAUGCCGGUGAAGCGUCCUCUCAACUGCGUUUAAACUCCAUAAUAUUUCAAUUCGCAUUUUCCUCGGAAAUAUUAACUCUCCAAAAAGUACUUCGCUAUUAAACACCCUCAUAAUAAAUUUUACAAGCCCGUUAUUUUUACGAUAAUCGUAUCGAAUUAGUUAUAAAACAUCAAUCUCACAAAAAUUAUGGAAAUUAUUUAAUUCGAAUAGAAUAUUGUUGUUGUAUAUUCAUGCAGUUUGUAUGCGUUUUACGUUAAACUUUUCAUAUCAUUUUAUGAUCGUAAAAAUUUGAACAACGAAUUAUAAUCUCUUCGCGUCACUUUCUCAAAACAUCGAAGGAAAUCCUAAUACGGAAUCGGAGGUUUACUAUACAUUAUUAUAAAAUACAUAUGUUUAUUUCAAAAAAAACUGAUUUUUGUCAGUAGGAAUGUAUAAACUUUUAACAAAGAUAAUACAAUGUAGACGUUUAAAAUCCUACAGUUUCAAACUGAAUGUCCAUUGGUUAUAAUAUUGUUAUUUUCGUGUUUAUAUAUUAUAGUGAUACCCAACAAGUGUACGGAUCCGAGUUCGGGACAAAAGUAUAAAAUCGGGGUCACGUGGUAUCCGGACGGCUGCGGGCGGAGAACUUGUUACUAUUCGAAAAAACGCAACGUGGCAGAGAUCCACACGGAAAUGUGAGUAAUAUAUGAGUUUAAAAUGAUAAUGCAGAGCCACGUAAACGAUAAUAAUAUGUAUUUGGGAGUGAAGUCGUUAGAAGAUUUACCGUGAAACGGGUACCUACUUUAUUGAAGGUACUCUGUAGAUAACAGCUCGAAUAACUGGUGCUCGAACGUUACCUAUUAUAAGAGCUAAAAUGAAAAUAAUGUAAAAUAUGAAAACAAAUUCAAUAAAUAUGUUGACAAAAAUACGUAAAAUAAUUUUAAAAAAAAACCUCCAUCGUUUUUAAUAAUAUGCACAAAAAAUAAAUAUAUAAAUAAAUGAAAAAUAUGCAAAUUCAAUUUAUUACAUUUUAUAUUAACUCAAACAUCAUAAUACAAAAUAAAUUUGUUUUUUUUCCCCGGUAUCCGGCUUGUUAUCUAAAGCUAAAUUCCCCCACGUGUCAAUGUAUAGCGAGAAAAAUAUGUGCACCAGCAACCGUCCCAACGAAAAAAGAUUUUAUAUUUUAUUGUCGCGCUACGGUAGAAAUUGGAUAUUUAUCCGUUUGAUUCGUUUGAUCCUACAUAAUAGGCAUGUAGAUUUUUUGCGGUCCCGGAUACCUGAAGACCUUUUAACAUUGAAAAAAAAAACACGCCUAAUACACGUAAUCCCGCAUAAUGCGCUCUCUUUUUUGGCCUCUCUUCGAACAUUGAAAAAAUCUGUCAACGAAUUCGACGGUUUAAAAAAAAAAAUAAAUACCGAUAAACAAUUAUUUAAUUGAUGUACACUUGUACGAAUAGCUGAUAUCACAUACUUGCGAUUCGCCCGAGAUUUUUGGGUUUCAUGUCAGUUCCAUUUUUUUUUUUACGAAGUUAUCGCGUUUUGAUUAUUUCUGAUUAAUAGUUCACUCGUAAUCGGUUUUGUUCGACAACGAAAUGACCAAUUAGCUGUUUUUUCUGCAAAAUUUUACGGAAAAAACCAAACUAACGAAAUAAAUGUUAAAUUUGUUCAGUACAAAUCCCAAAAUAAAUAUGUUUUUAAACUUCGAUUUUAGGGUAAACUUUUUUGCCACUAAUUUAACAAUAUACAUGUAUUUAUAUUAUUUAUUUAUUAUACUUUAAUUAUAGUUGUUAUUUACGUAGUAGUUAAAAUAAUUGUCCUGGACGAUUUUGAAAAAUGUAACUGUCUGGUUGUUAUUGCGCCAAGCGCUUCGAUUUAGAGAUUUCAAUGGGCCCCACGCGGGCUUUUUCUUUUAUUUCAUCAAUAUAUCGUUAAUAAUUCCAACAUUUUAAAAUGCUUUUAGCUUUCAAAAAAAUGAGUUUCUUUAAUAAUACCUACGUGAUGCUCUCGAAAAUAUUGUCUACUUAAAUUUUCAUAAUAGAUGUGAUUUUUCUAAACUCAUUUCGGAGCAAUCAAAGUGGACGUGUUUUAUCAUAUUCGAAAUCGGACUUGUAGCGUUUUAUUAGUCCAACACAUUGUGUGAUAAAUACUUAACAUGUACUAUAAAAUAAUAAUAGGUUAUAAUAAUACGCAACGGGAUAUUAUGAAAUUUAAAAAAAACUCUAAGGAAAUCUUCUCGGAACCACCAAAUAAACGCUGAAUUAAUUAACCGGUAGAUUACCGUGAUUAUAUCCAUUUUUUACUCUAAGCACGUAUACUAUCCAGUGGGUUCCACUGAAAUAAAAACUCGAAUAUUACCGCAAGAUAGACUAGGAUUUAAAUGUACCUUCGGGGGUUUUUUUUCUCGAUUUAUCUGGGGUUCGAAGCAUUGUUGUGUUUAACUGAGAUGGAUCGGUUCGGUGUAAUUUUUAUCUGAUACUAAUUUUAUUGACGGAGAGUGAAAAGUAGUAGUUAUCUGGACCAUAACCUGAGAUAAAUAAUUGAAUCAUCCAGAUCAAUUUAUCUAUGAACAAAUAUAUACGUAUAAAUAGAUAUUUGUUAUUUAAAUUUUAUAGACAAAUCUGUUUAUUGAUAGUACAAUUAAUUUAUAUUCGUACGGUUUCACGAAUUAAUCAGUGAAUUAUAGGUAGGUACUUACAUCGAUCUCACAACAUUUUUAAAUCUAAAUGUGUACCUACCAAACCGGGUACUAUUUUACUAAUUAUUUUGACAUUUAGUUUACCUUAAUGAACCUAAUUAUCUUCUUUUGUUUUAUCUAGAUAAUUAAAUUGUACCUUUAAUUUUCGUCUAUUAAUUACCUGUCUAUAAUAUUUUGUUUUUAGAUAUUUUUAAAUUUGUCUUUUUACAAAAUUGUGUUCAGAAAACUAAUUUUUAAUCGACUUUGAUCGAUACAUUUUCUAUAUUUCUCAAAUAUUACAAGCUUAAAAAUUGAAUAUUUUUUCUCGAUUGUUCAAUAAAUGUAAAAUUUCGGUAUUGUUUUUCAGAUUGUUUCGUAUAGACUAACAGAAGUUAGGCCUUUAGAAGAACUACAAUAAUUAUAAUAAAGUAACAACUAUUUUACUUAUUUUAUUUCAAAGGCCCAACUGCUGUUAGUCUGUGUGCAACAAUCUGAAAAACAAUAGGCCGUUUGGAAAAAAAAAUAAGUAGUUCGUAAACGGGCUAUCACAUUGCAAAGAUCCUAGUCUUUUCGUAAAAAGACUAAUUUUCAAUAUGGCCUACGACAUAUACAUGAGCAACUAUUUAUGAUUGUAUCUUUAAAUUUUAUUUUUUUCCCCAUAGAGUAGUAAUCAAAUUACUUCAAGUACGUUGUAUUAAAUGUUUUGAAAAAUCGUAUACAAUUUCAGAUGUGUCAAUCUGUGUCUCAGCGGAUUUUGUCGAACGGGAAGUAUAAUUGUAUUUUUCAAAAUCACCCGGCAAAAAAAUACGUUCUAUUCGAAUGUAAAUUUCGUUGAGCGUUCGCGCGCGCCUAGGAGAUUGAAAUGUUGGAAAUGUUUUUUUUUUUUCUAUUUGCGUAUUUCGGUCCGUCCCUGAAAAAAAACCCCCACCUUCUCAAUCCCGGAGUCCAUCCGGUCGAAAUGUUUCGCGUUACCGUUCGGGUGAAACUCGCUGAAUAAUUAGGUACGUACAGCCGGCAAUAAUUAUUGCGUACGCGCAGUAUAUCGAGGGGAGAGGAGGAGAGGGGGAAGAAAUAAUGUUUUUCAGUGAAACUAACAAUAAUUUAAUAAGUCCGGUGCGUUUUUUUGACGGAACGUUUAAAAACGUCCACCUUUCGUUAAACGCUGUGCACCGCACCGUCGUACAGCUAUUAUUAUAUAGCCUGGUCGGGGUCCACGCUGUGAAAUUCAUUUUUUUUUUUUUUUUUUUUAACAAUGCGCGCUCUCUGUUGUACAGGUCGACGGCGAUUAGUUUCGGAAUACGUUUACGGAAUAUUAUAAACGGAAUAAAUUAAUAUAUAUAUAUAUAUAUCGUUAAAUAAUUCAAAACUAUCAAAUAUGAUAAUCGCAAUCAUUAUAUGAUGUAUGGCACACGUAUACACGGACUAGUUUCUUCUCGUUAAAUUGAAAUUGAAUUACAAUGUAAUCCGCAGAAUAAUUAAUUACGACGGCGUUUACACAGCAAUACGUAUUAUGGUAGCCCGGCACUUCUUAAAUGUUAUAUUUUCUACGAUAAUAUUUCGAAAAGUUAAGUAAUAAUAAUAAUAAUUAGUAAUAAUAGUUAACAAUAAUUCAUUAUCACGUCAAUCGCCGGUUAGAUUUCACCGACUGCGGCGGCGACGGCGCCGACGUGAACCGACUCGUACAAAUAGGAUAGUGGAUAGGUAGGUGCGAUCACAUUGGUAUUGUAGACGGUAGCCGCCGGAACACGAAACAAUAUAUUUUCAGCCGGAAUUAAUUGAAAUGGACGUUGUUUUUAUGUACGGAAAUCGGGGCUACGCUGAAAUACACAUUUUGAGACUGUUUUCAAAAUUGUAUUCAACCACUAACGGUUUUUCUCCAAACCGACCAUGGAUACGACGUUAUCUAAAGUCAAUUAAAAAAUAUUGUUUUUGAAUUAUAUACGUGCAAUUUCACGAUUAUCGUUACUCGUAUGGCUAGGUUGUUCCCCUUAUUAAAACGGUAGUCGAUAACAUUAAUCUAUUAAGACGUGAUACGUUUUAAAUUUUCGAAGACGAGAAUUUUCGAAUCUGGUGUUAUCGUUUAAGAAAAUGUGACUUUACAAGCGUGCGUUGCAGGGGUUCGAAUUUAAUCAAUGGGUAAAAAAAUGUAUAUUUUAGUAACCCCGAACGCCCUAAAAAAAAAAAAAAAACCUACCGUUUUGAUCUGAAAUACGAUCGUUUAAAUGAAACGCGCUGAACGAAUAAAAAGCUGAAUAAUAUCAUUGUAAUCGUAAUACUACACACGCCAAAACCAUUUCCAUAACCGAGCGAGUGUGUAAAAAUAUAACGAAUGUACGAUAUUCGCAUAAUUCGAAGAAAAGAAGACGGAUAUACUUCGCACAAUGGGUGGGCCACUAAUGUAGGUGAAAAGUUGGAAAGGUUGGAUGUAGUGGGGAAUUUAAUGUACAUUUUUGUUAACGAAAAACGAUUCUGAGCGGUGUUAUGCACGUUUUAAAAGACCUUGAUAUUUACGAUUUGAAAAUUUAAUACAUCUCGUACAUUUUUCCGUUUUUCCAAUAUUCUUCCCAUUUAUUAUGAAAAUCCCCGGGGAAAUCGAACGAUAAAUUAAAGUAUCUCCCUAAAUUACCAACCCAAUCAGAUAUCAUUUCAGAAAAAAGCGCUAUACUUGAAAACCGGGGCAAAACCGCCGGUAGAAAAGUUGUCCGCAGAAAAAAUAAAAUUAACAGACAUCAUGGUUGUGAAACCAAAACAUUUCUCGUUGUGCUCGGAGUCUAAAAGAAAGAUUAUUAGGUAUUUGGUGUACGCUAAUGUAUAAAGAAUCGCGUAAAACGAACAGAAGCGAUUGAGGGCGGGCCGCGAGCCGACCAACGGAAACGAAACGAUAUUACGAUUUCGAUUUACACUCGUGUACACCUAACCGAGAACGGGCGCUAUUGAAUUGUUAUUAUUAUUUAUUUGUUUUUCUCGUUUUCGUUAUUACAAUCGUUAUUUGCAUUAUUAUUAUUAUUAUUAUUAUUAUUGCCGGAACGGUCCCGUCGAUUUAACGCGGACGAAUUAUUACCGAACCGGCAGUGUCGGUGCGCGGUCCACGCGACUGAAAACGACCGGCGGUAAGCGAAUAACGCAAUAUUAAUACGAUACUGAUAUUGUGGCGGUUAUCGCGGCAUGAAUAUUUCACGGGUAUAAUCGAUGAAGCCGCGUGGUGAUAAUAAUUAAAAAGAAAAAGAAAAAAUAAGAGUAUAAUAAUAAUAAAUAAAAUAUUACCCGGUCACCUUAGCCGUGCAGUUUCCCGCUGACUAUACAUCACGCGAUAUAAAUUAGGUUUUGUACAAGACGUAUCAUAUAGGCGUAUAACACUCGUGUAGGUGCAUCGCGUUACAAAAAUCAAUAGAUUUCUAGCGAAACAGACUCACGAUAGAAAUCUCAAAAUCCUUACAUAUACACAUAUAUAUAUAUACUCGCACAUUUUUUUUUUUUUUUUUUUUUUUGAUUUGGAUUCCGAACGCAGCGAGGAAUAUAUUGUAAUGGUAAUUUAACUGGUAUGUGACGCGAGUGUGUUUACUCGCCGUCCGUCAAUGAAUUUCCGACCAGAUAAAUCUUGUUUUGAUCAUCGAAAUCGCGGGCGAUUUCUGGUGUACGUUUAGUUAUGGGUAUACGUUAGAGAGAAGGUCAUUUUACGAUUCGCCUUGUAAUUUUGUAAUUUACUUGAAACUGGUGGGGAGGGGAGGGGCAAAGAAUGAAAAACGGUUUUUGUUCGUUCCUUAUAACUUCCCUCCUGAAACAGUGGCACUCCCAUCUGCAACUAUAUCAGCUCAGGGAAAUAGAAGUUUUAUAAUUUAUUGUUAACUAUCACUGUUUAUUCCGUUUACCGCGCGUUUUUGAGAAUUACAAUAUUUUAGAAUAAUUAUUAUUUUGAUUGGAGUAACAUUAUUACGGUCCAUUGAUUGUAGGUGCACUUGUAAGAAGGAAUGUUCGGCCGGUAUGAAAUGUUCGAUCGUAAAGCGGGUGCAAAUAACCGACGCCCGUUACCCGUACUGUUGCCCGACUACCAGAUGCGUACCCGAACAAAACCUAUGGUCGUAUUUCAAAAAGGAUUACUGGACGAGCGCAUUCUCAAAACUUCAACAGAGAAACGACGACAGGCUUUCUGCGCGCAAUACCCGUCGCCGUUGACAACGCAUGCACAGGAAAAUGUACGAUUAUGACGUUUUUGGUUCCUAAAAAAAAAAGAAAGACAAAAAAUGAACGAGACGAAGAUGGAAAAUUAGCCGUUGGAUUUCUAUUAUUUGUUUGUUGAUUUUUAAUAAUAUAUUUGUAUAGGUCUAAUAUAUUUUAUGUAUACCGAGUAUACCGACAACUUAUUAACAUUUGUAUGUUUACAAUAUAAAAAAAUAUUAUAAUUUAUUAUAUUUCCGAUUCGGUUAUGUAAUCCGGAUUGUAUAAAGAAAAAAAUUUCGUCGUUUUGAUUUUAUAUAAUGAAACCCAGAAAAAUCCUGUACGGUUUAUUGUAAUGGGACUGGUGAAUAAGAUAAUUUCACGAGUUUCCUAAAAAAAAAA